CAGUUCCAGUUUAUCCCCAGCAGGCAGCAUGUGCGGACGUAGUGCUGCUCCUGCUGCCGCAUUUUCUUAUCGCGUUCGCAUUCGCUUUACCGUUAGCGUGUUUUCCACCUGAGCAUCCACCGGCUUAUCGUGUGUUUAUCGGACGCAGAUCGAAAUCGGAGAUUCAGAUAUCGAAGUUAAUUGCUGUGCGUAGUGUUUGUCCAAAGCCGAUUGCAAUAACCAAAAGACAUCAUAAAAUUCCAUAACGAAAUAAUGGAUAAUGUGAUUUAAAGUCAAAUUAAAUAGUGAAAUAUUUAAAAUAAAAUAUCAAUCAAAUACAAAUUCAACUGGCGUACGUCGACAAGGCAAAUUAUUUCCCACGGUUUCGUAAAAUGCAUUUCGAGACAUAACACAAUUCCACCGAUUUACCGAGAGCGUGCUGAUCAGAAUCGUUUAAAAAUGGGCGACACAUUGGACGAGACGCUGCCCACGCGCCGCGACAAACCGCAAACAUUGAACAUUGGCCAGGAGGAGGAGCAGGGUACCGCACCCGCCAACGUUCCCCCCGCCGCCUCCUCCGCCACCCCCGCCAUUCCCGCCUCCCGUCUACCGCGCAACCGGUUGCGCCACGCGGUUCGCGACCCCAAACGCGAUCACUCGAGCGACGGCCUGGUGUCCAGUGGCGAACGGCGGGACGAGUUCGUGGGGCUCGAGGCACAGCCGCGACGGGAGAGUCUGAAUAGCGGCGAGGCCGGCAGUCCGGUGGCCAUGUCGACCAGUCCCGGCAAGGCGGGACGGCUCAACAGCUCCAGGUACCCGUCCGGCGGCACCGGCGGCAUCGGCGUCAGUGUCCUGGGCGGCCUUGUGGGCACCACCACCCGCAAGUGCGUCCUCACGCUGGACGGGUACUCCUACGUCAUAGUUGCCAGCACGCCGGAGAGUUUGCCCAGCAAGCGGGACGAGGCCAGUGUUGGGGCAGGCACCACCGGCAGCAGUGGUGCGGCAUCGAGCAGCAGUGGUGCAGCGAGCGGUGCAGCGAGUGGGUCAGCUGGGGCAGCAAGUGGAUCUGGAUCUGGAUCUGGGGCCGGAGCCGGAGGAGCAGGUGGCGCCAGUACGCCAGCCCAGGAAGCCGUCAGUCCCACAGUCUCUGAGCUCAGUGGCAGCGGCACAAAUGCGACAAUAAAUGGUCAAGUGGCAAGACACGGCUCACUGACGAUUAUCCGACGCACAAACAGCCGGAACUUCACGCAAAUCGACUCCCAGCUGGCAUCGCCCUCCACCACCGCCUCCAGCUCCACAGUUCCGGGGAUUGGCUUCGCCCAGACGCCGCUCAGUGAGCCACUCGCGGAGCGCCUAAGCUUCCGAUCCGGCAGCAACGGAUCCGCGUCCGCCGGCGACAGCCGAUCAAGCAAUCAGUUCCCGAGCUCCGGACCAACAGCCACCGCCGCCGUCGCCGCCGCCGCCAAAAUGCAGCCGUCAUCGCCGAAUGCCACCAACUACCUGGCCGACAAUAUUCAGAUCUCGUCGGCUAAUCUGUCGCAGACCGAAAUGGGCGUUGGUCGCGAGUCAGGGGAAUACAACACCGUCGGCCACUCGAUUAACGUCGCCGGCAACAACUCGUUCCUCCGCGGGGACACCGAUAUUCCGCAGGAGUCGGGACACUCCUUCGAAACGCCCUCGAAUAUCUCGUUCGCCGCCGGGCAAUGGGACACGGAGAGUUUGCCGCCAGUCGACACGCCAGAUGCCCUAAACAAAGCGGCCGGGAGAAUACGCAGUCUUCUCCGCCGCAUGGAUCAUGAGACCGUGGCCUACGAGGACAUGCAGCGCAAUCUGCACUACGCGGCUCGUGUACUCGAGGCCGUCUUCAUUGACGAAUCAAGGGAGGGCUGCAACGGCAAUUGCAAGAACCUGAACUGCGGUCGCCACAGCCACGGACGCGAUGACCAGCAGCAGGACAACAAUAACUCCAACAGCAGCUGCAGCCUGCAGGAGGUGGCCCCUGGAGGAGGGGUGGGAGCAACGCCGGGGGCGGGUGACAACCAGGACAACAGCAUAGAGGGUCGCACCAAGGGCGUUUCCCUGGCCCCGCAGACCCACAGUGGACCCACUGGUCCGCCGUCCGCUCCAGAUACAACCACCCCUGCACCCGCACCCAAACUACAACCAGCCCUGGAGACCGUGAGGGAGUCGGUGAUGGAGGAGGCUCCGCCGGGGAAGGAGCCACCCCCGCCACCCCCCACCCCCGAGUCAAGUGCCAAGGCGGCGGAGAGUGCGGCCAGUGCGGCCAGCGGCGGCAGCAGUGGCAGCUGCAGUAACCCAGCGACCGUGCACCGGCAACGCCGCCUGCGGACACCCACCUGGGCCAGGUCCAUGUCGACGAACAAAACGCGCCUGGCGGACGAGGACGAUGAGCUGUCGGAGGUGCAGCCGGAUGCAGUGCCGCCGGAGGUGCGCGAGUGGCUGGCCUCGACCUUCACCCGCCAGAUGGCCACCAGCCGGCGCAAGAGCGACGAGAAGCCCAAGUUCCGAUCGGUGGCCCACGCCAUCCGGGCCGGCAUCUUCGUGGACCGCAUGUACCGCCGCGUCUCCAGCUCGGCCCUCACGGCCUUCCCACCGGACGUGGUCAGGCUGCUCAAGAACCUGGACGACUGGACAUUCGACGUGUUCGCGCUGACGGAGGCGACCAGCGGGCAGGUGGUGAAGUACGUGGCCUACGAGCUGUUCAACCGCUACGGGUCGAUCCACAAGUUCAAGAUAGCGCCGGGGACGCUGGAGGCGUUCCUGCACCGCGUGGAGGAGGGCUACUGCCGGUACCGGAACCCGUACCACAACAACCUGCACGCGGUGGACGUGAUGCAGACGAUCCACUACUGCCUGUGCAACACGGGCCUGAUGAACUGGCUGACGGACCUGGAGAUCUUCGCCUCGCUGCUGGCCGCCCUGCUGCACGACUACGAGCACACGGGCACCACCAACAACUUCCACGUGAUGUCCGGAUCGGAGACGGCGCUGCUCUACAACGACCGGGCGGUGCUGGAGAACCACCAUGCCAGCGCCAGUUUCCGGCUGCUGCGGGAGGACGACUGCAACAUCCUGUCGCAUUUGUCGCGCGAGGAGUUCCGCGAGCUGCGCGGCCUCGUCAUCGAAAUGGUUUUGGGCACCGACAUGACCAACCACUUCCAGCAGAUGAAGGCCAUGCGCCAGCUGCUGACCCUCCAGGAGGCGACGAUUGACAAGCAGAAGGUGCUCUCGCUGGUCCUCCACUGCUGCGACAUCUCGCAUCCGGCCAAGCAGUGGGGAGUCCACCAUCGCUGGACGAUGCUCCUGCUGGAGGAGUUCUUCCGCCAGGGUGACCUCGAGAAGGAGCUGGGCCUGCCCUUCAGUCCCCUGUGCGAUCGCAACAACACGCUGGUGGCCGAGUCGCAGAUCUGCUUCAUCGACUUCAUCGUGGAGCCCAGCAUGGGCGUCAUGUCCGACAUGCUGGAGCUGAUCCUGGCCCCCAUUGCGCCGAUGAACAAGGGCAAGCCCUCCACUUUGGUGGAGCACGAGCCCACCACCUCCUCCGUCGUGAUCCCCCCCUCCGGCAUCACACCCAGCAUGGACAAGCCGCGCGAACGCACCGAAGUCAAGCCCACCGCCGAGUUCCUCGCCCGCAAGAGCGCCACCGGCUCCACCGGCUCCAAGUUCAACAUACCCAAGCCCUGGCUCACCUGCCUGGUCGAGAACAAGCGGAUAUGGAAGGAGCAGGCGGUCAAAGAUGCCGAGGCCCGAGCGCUGGCCACCGCUGCGGAGGAAGCUGCAGCCGCGGCAAAAGAGGCGGCGGAAGAGGAGGAAAACAAGCCGGCUGCGGCGGAAACGGAAACGGCCGAUGGCGAGCAAACUGAGGCGGCUGCGGAGCCGGCAGAUGGCGCUGCCGCCUAAGCUGGCCUCGACGCCACCUGCCGGGCGGCAGCAGCACGGAAACGGAAAAACAGAAAACAAAAUACAGAAGGAAAUUUCGGAACGAUUACGGAUUGGUACACUGAAAGGAACUGAGGGACGGUUCCAAGAAUAACGUUUACUAAGCUUAGAAGCAGCCUAGAAUAUUAAUUACAAACCGCUUCUGAUGCGCUCUCUAUGUGAAUUGUGGUAGAGUUAGACUAACGUACAUCAUCUAUAUAGGCUUAGUUGCGGAACAUUAAUAUCGAUAUAUAUAUAUAUAUGUAUAUGUAUAAAUACUGUAUACUUUGUUGUUGCAAGCGGAAAACAAAAUAUAAGGAAAUAUUAGGGCCAAGCACAAAUACAAACAGACAAAAAGCGAUUAGAUGUAAAUAGCGAAGAGUUCAACUGAAAUUUGUUGUGAAUUUGUUGGUUCGUUGCGAGCAUUUAUACCUAGACUUGAGUUGUACUUGUCUUUUAUUAGUUUUAGUCAAAUGUGGAAUUUAUUAUAUGAUUUCUAUAAGUUCGAUGUAUGCUAUUUCGUUCUAAUUAAAUACAUAUAUUUUUGUAACCGUUUCCCUUUAUUAUUUAUGUGCUUUAUUUCUGUGUGUUUGCAUUUACCAAGCAUUCGAAUUGCUCAAAUUAGGAGUGGUUUUCGCGAAGGGACGACAGACUCGUCUCGAGCUGUCUAGAUAUUAAGUACCUAACUAAAAACCAAACCAAAAAAUACCUGACAACUAGCUGUACGACUUGUAUAUACUCUAUCUCUCUCUACUAGCCCCUAACAGACUUUCCCAAAAAAAACAAAAACCAAAACGAAGGCAAAGGAUUUCUAUAACUUUCCACUCUACAAAUGCACAUAGCUACCUACACGAAAGGAUAUUUAGUAUGUAUUGUUAAGGAUAUAAUAGUCACGUUUCUACAAACAUAUUUAUUUUUAUACGCGAGCGAGGGACGAAAGUGGGCGGAGGAUGAGGAGGGCUUGAGUCGCAGGAGGAUUUGAUUUCUUUUCGUUUCGGUUUUCUAUUCUUUAACCAACUUGAAAUGUUUUCAAACGUUUUUCAAAAUGUCUGAUAGCGGGACCAUUCUUUUAAGAUUUACCACUGCUCUUUACCACCGGUCAGGAAAUGCGAAACACAACCGGAAAUGAGGAGAAAGCAGCGAAAGUAGCGAAAGCAGCGAAAGCGAGGGACAGCGUCAAAGGGCAGUGGUAAAAGUGCUUAGCAGUAAGGUACCAAAUUAUCAGCUGAAAUUGGGAUCAUAGCUUUAUUAAGGUAGUCGAUAAAUGUACGAACCAGUGGUGCGGAUGUGUAUAGCGGUGGGAGGCGGCAUACCGCGUCUACUACCAGUACCACAAAUUAAAAACAAACACAAACAGAAGCAGAAACAGAACAGACGUACACAGCAGAAUAAUCUACUCCUAAACAUUAAUGGGAUAAACAUAGCGCCAGAAUAUCUAUUAUGUGGAAGUAAAUAUUAUUGAACAAACAUGUAUGUUAAUGUAUAUCAAUAUUGAACGCUCAAAGCGAUGCGCAUAUAUAUCGUAUAUAUAUAGCGACCUCUCUCAAAAAUCUGUACAAAGUCCUGAUUAACCUAGCGAUAGUUGCUGUAACACAGGCUGCAGACCUUCAACCCAAAGCAAAGUUGUUAUUUAUCUCUGUUGAAUAAUAAGCGAACUACAGAAAUACUAAUCGAACGUAUGCAUAUGGAUAUAUUUGAGGUUUACGAUUCAAUGUUAUUAGCAAAAAGUAGUCUAGUAGUAUCAUAAACACACACACACAAAAGACAAAGGAUAUAUCGCAAUUCCAGCCAAUGUGAGCGAACUCGAUUCCAAAAGAUUUGUGACCAAACUUUGGGAUUUGGAAGUCCUCAAAUUUCCCUUGAUGAUGGAUCAAUAUGGAAUACACACAUGCAUACAGUAUAUAAGUUGAAAGCAAUCAUUACAUUUAAAUAAUAUAAACUAUUUAAACAUAAAAGCCCUAAUAAAAAUAUGAAAAAUACAUUUUGUGUAAAUACAACUUGCACAGGAUGCAAAAAGAUGUAGGAAAUUAGCAAAAUGCACUCUAACUAAAUGGUAAUAAAAUAGCCACCUCACACCACCCAAAACCCAAUCCAAAAUCAAAGUCGCAUAUUACUGAAAUCUGUAAAUAACCUUGUUUCAUCUGUUCAUUUCUAGCCCUGUUAUUUAUAUAUUGAAUAAGCAAACUAAUUGUGUACUUUACAAGUUUUCGCAAAUCAAAAGCCUACUAAUGAAACGUUUUUAAUUUUCCUACUAUGUUAAACUCAACAUUUAAUAUGCAUAAACUAACGGCGAUGGUAAACAAAUUAAAAAUAUUUGAGAAAAAAGGAAUAUGGCUGAGAUGUAUGCUUAUUACGAAAUACUUUCAAGUAAACUAUAAUAACACCAUAUGACUUUUAAUAUACUAAUAAAAUUCUUAUUAAACCUAA